AAGUAAUUUUCCCCGGGGUAUAAUUCCCUCGCAAUUGCUUCUUGCGAUGGAGUGAUCGACAGAGCCGGUUUCGUCGGUCCAAAUGGACGCGAUUCUAAUGCGCUGCGAGGAUUGAAUUUGUCCAGCGAAUCGUUACCCGUUCUCCGGCGUGAUGGUUUCCGAUCACCAUAGCGGAGGAAACUCUUUGGAGUCGGCGGGAGUUCCGGAAACCAGCAUUUGGAGGCGAGUUGCUGUUCGCUGGCUGCGUCCAUAUUCUGCAAAUCAGAAUGGCCAAUGGGGGUUUCAGAAGUCCUUGUGGUAUGGAUGAUAUCCGUAUAAAUUAUUGCAGCUUCCGGAUACCUUCAGUGAUCGAAAACAUUCUCAAUCGGAGAAAAAUGGUGCAUGCCAAGUGUUUGAAUGAGUUCUAUCCGCAAAGAAAGCGCAACGCCAUAAGGAGAAGGAAGCUCGAACAGCAUAAAGUUGAAAGAAACAGCAGUUCAGGGUCACAGCCAUCAAAUCCCAGAUCAAAUUUGAGAAAACAAGCUGCUCUCGCUGAGUUGGUCCUCCAUAAGCUGAGUUCCCUUGCUGCUGAUCAAACAAGCCUCCUUUGGGGUCUCAGAAGCGAGAUUCCAAAAUUUGCAAGCACGGUUUCCAGCAUCCAAGCUGUGUUGCUAGAUGCAGAUAAUCAGGCUGGUAAGAGUCAUCAGGUUCAGCUAUGGCUGCAAGGACUGGAAGAAGUCCUUUAUGAUGCUGAAGACCUGCUGGACGAUUUCUCUACAGAGGUUCUCCGGAAGAAACAACAAAUGGGUGUCAAUGGCAUGGUGAAUGAGGUAGGUCUCUUCUUUUCUCCAUCCAACCAAGUUGCUUAUGGAUUGAGAAUUGCUAAUCAAAUUAAGGCGAUUCGGAGCAAGUUAGAGGAGGUUGAUCAGAAUAGGAAUCAAUUCAAUUUCCAGGCACGUCCUGUGGAUCCAGUUGCUGCUAACAAGGAUUGGAGGCAAACUCACUCUUCUGUCCCUGAUGUGGUUGUUGGGAGAGAAGGAGAUAAGCAGAUGAUAAUAGACAUGUUACUAUUGUCUGGUAAUAAGGAAAAAGUUGUAGUCAUCCCCAUUGUUGGAAUCGGGGGAUUGGGGAAGACAACAGUGGCGCAAUUGAUUUACAAUGACAACAAAAUCCAGUCUCAUUUUGAUUGCACACAUUGGGUAUGCGUCUCUGAAACUUUUGACCCAAAAGUCAUGGUUAAAAAUGUUUUGGAGUCCAUUACCCAACAAAAGGUGGAAGACCUUGCCUUGAACACGCUCAAGGAUCUUCUGCACAAGCACAUCAAGAAUAAAAGGUUGUUGUUAGUUUUGGAUGAUGUCUGGAAUGAGGAUACAGAAAAGUGGGUUCGCUUUAUAAAUAUAUUCUCAAGUGGUGCAGCGGAAGGUAGCAGAAUUGUAGUGACCACUCGUCUUCGAAUUGUUGCAAAGAUGACAGCAACUGAGAUGAUUGUGCCACAUGAGUUGCAAGGUCUGUCUGAGCUCGAGUCUUGGUCUUUGUUCGAGAAGAUGGCUUUCAAGGGAGGAGUUGCGCCGGGUCCAAGAUAUAUUGAGAUAGGGAAAGAGGUCACGAGGAAAUGUUGUGGAGUGCCAUUAGCUAUAAGAACAAUGGGGGGUCUUCUAUCCUUCAAAGAUACCGAGUCUGAGUGGGAGGCAAUAAGAGAAAAGCAGUUGUUGAGCCUAGAUUUCAGUGGACAAGAUAGUGAAAUUUUGGCUGCUACUCUUAGGUUGAGUUAUGAUAAUUUGCCAUCUCAAUUAAAGCGUUGUUUUGCCUACUGUAGCUUGUUCGCAAAAGAUCAUAGGAUCGAUGUGAAGAUGUUGGUACAGGUUUGGAUGGCACAAGGGUAUAUCAUCAAGUCCGGUCAAUUUUCACUACUUGAAGAUGUUGGAGUUGAACAUUUCAAGAAUCUGUUGUGGAGGUCCUUCUUUCAAGAGGUGACAAAGGACCAAUACGGGAAUAUGAAAUAUUGUAAGAUGCAUGAUUUAAUGCAUGACCUUGCUGUCACAGUUGCAGGGAUGGAUACCAUCUGUUUGAAUGCUAUAAAUCUCACGGAUAGCCUUCUCAGCAGUGGGAUUGUCAACCUUGAAAGAAUUCGGCACCUGUCAAUUGAUUUUGAGAACAAAUGGGAGACUAGAGUAUGGAAAAUUCCAACUCUCUUGGCUAAAGCAACAAGGCUUCGAACAUUUAUGAUCAUAAAUGUGGCUGUGGGAGGUGUCAAGUUGGAAGGAAGAUGUGAGAUCUUCCUGAAUAUGACUAGGCUGAGAGUGUUUGGUCUUGGAGAUGCUAAAAUGGAGGUUUUCUCUAUUACCUUCAAUAAAUUGAAACAUCUUAGGUACCUUGAUCUUUCUAAGAACGGGGUGGAGAUACUUCCAAAUGAAAUUACAAGAAUGGUAAACUUGCAAACGCUCAAUCUGUGUUUAUGUGAACAUCUUCGACUAUUGCCGGCAGACUUGGGGAAGCUAUACAAUCUGGUCUUUUUUUACCUAGAUGAUUGUUCGAGUUUGACUUACUUACCAGCCGGGAUCUGCAAUCUUUCCUUCCUCAGAGAAUUGUCUUUAUUCAUUCUAACAGAAGCAGCUGCAAAAAACUCCAGAUUAGCUGGUCUCGGUGAAUUGAAGAGUCUGAACAACCUAAGUGGGAAGUUGACUAUUAAAGGCCUAGAAUUGGUGAAGGAUAAAUCCGAAGCAGCUGCAGCUAAUUUAAAGGAGAAAUCGCAACUUCAACACUUGGAACUAUGGUGGAGUGAUGACAGUAAUAAUAUGGUGGCUCGAAGAUGUGAUCACGAGAGGUCAGUAUUAGAGGCAUUACAACCACAUCCAAAUUUAAAGGAGUUACAGUUGUGUUAUUACGGCGGGACGAGUGUUCCAACAGCAAGCUGCUGGUUCUCUUCUCUCAGGAAUCUGGUUCGCAUCGAGCUAUAUUGUUGUGGGAAACUGCAAAGUCUGCCAUCGCUGGAUCCUUUUGUUUCUCUUGAAGAAUUGGUGUUGUAUAACUUAGAGAGCCUAGCAUACGUACAGAGAGAGACAGUAUCAUCAUUACCUUUUUCUUCUCUAUCUUCUUCAAACAAGGAUUUGCAGUUUCUGCCCUCCCUCAAGUCUCUCAAGAUCACGGACUGCCCAAAUUUAAUUGGCUGGUCUCUUGCAAAUAUGGAAGAGUCGCCUCUGUUACCUCGGGUUUCCACCCUGGAGAUCGAAGGCUGCCCGAAAAUGGUUACCAUCCCACAUUUUCUUAUCAACUUUAAGAAGGUUGAGUUGAUGGAUGUGAGCAGUGAGUUGUUGAGUGUGUUUGGUGCCUCUCUGAUUUCUCCAUCCCUUCCCCCAGCACACCCUCGAUUUCAUGAGUUGUGUCUCCAAUACGUGAAUGAUCUGCCGCAAGGGUUGAUGCCACAACUCACUUCCCUUGAGAGACUAAACAUAUGGUUUUGUAGCAAUUUGACUACUCUGUCUCCAUCUAUUCUUCGACAUCUCCCUUCGCUCAAGGAGCUUCAUAUUCUAUCUUGUGAAGUUUUGGAACUGGAGGACUACGAUUAUGGUGAUGGUAAUAAAGGAAAUGAUGAGAAUGACAGCGUGCCACCCCGUUUUCUUCCCAGCCUCCGAUGCUUGGUUGUCCAAAGUGUUCCCAAGUUGGUGACUCUACCUAAUUGGCUUCAGUUUUCCUCCAAUUUGCAGCAGCUGGACAUAGACUGGUGUGACAACCUUAAGUGCUUACCAAGUUGGCUUAAAAAGCUCACUGCAUUGGAGUCUUUGGGCGUAUUUAGAUGUGAUCUUCUAUCUAGGAGAUGUACAAGCAACACGGCUGAGGACUGGCCCAUCAUUUCUCACAUCCCAAAUAUCCAAGUUGAUUCUAGACAUGUUCAAAAGGAAGGCUGCUAUUUGGAAAUGGAGGAAGAAGAAGAAGAAGCAGAACAAGAACAAGAACAUGAAGAAGAAGAGCAACAAGAAGAAGAAGCAUCAUCACACACCCAUAUCUCAAGGCUAUUUGAAAAUUGCUUUGCAAGGAUGACUUGCAUCCUAUUCCAGAGAUGUUUUCUCCCUUAGCUACCACACCCUGUAAACCCCUUUACAUUGUCACUCCCAUCAUUUACGUUUCCUCGAACCGAUUGAUUGAAGAGAGAUGCUCAUUUAUCCAUUAUCAACAGCUUUGUCCAGUUUUCAAGUUCAAAUGGCAUUCUUAGCUUAUGGUGGUUCUAUGAUGGGUAACAGCAACGCCUUUGUCCUUCCUAAGUUUGAAGAAAAUCUUGCGCCAGCCAUUCGAAUUCACUACAUGUCUCAGCUCCAAGUCUUGACUAAAUUUAGAGAUUGAAUACUCAGUUGUUCUGUAAUGCGAUCCAUCAUAUCGCAACCCCUCUAAAUUUUGAAGUUCUUGCAACUGUGAGAGACAGAGGACGAAAGCAGUUGGGGUGCUGUAAUUCACUGGUGGAGGGAACAUAAACAGGGAAAAGAGUAAGGAAAAUGCAGUUGUUUGGGGAACUGGAAGAUGGAUUUAUUGGGACCAAAGCCUCCUAAAAAUAUCAUACUUCGGCGUGGCUGCCCUGUGUUUAGUCGACGUCUUUUUUUCCAUCGUUGGGCCGGGAUCAUGGUUCUGGGCCGAGUAGGGUUUUGGGUUCUUUUCUCUGGGCUGGUGAAUGUUUAGUCCAAAGAAUAUUAACCAACCGCCAACAGCCAU